CGCCACGACGUUCCAAAGUCACCAACUUAAGAAGCCAUUCACCAAGGUCUGACUAGAUUUGGACGGUAUCCAAAUUUUUACUUAUGCUGCAGGAGAUGACGCAACAGAUUUCAACUUUAAGAAUGACAGAUAUAUUCCGGGCAAUCACGAGCUUGGGUCCACCUGCCAUUUUCAAAGCUCGGCCAUAACUUUUUACAACCUCUAUGAGAACCUUUAUUAUAGAAAGUCGCCGACACCUACAGGACUAUGAGUUCAGCAGAAGACGACUACGCCCCCAGCGAGGUCGUAUCUCACAUUUCUGGUGUUCUAGAAGCGCUCCCAGCAGAAGAAGAUCCGUACAUCGAGCAGGACGACUCAUUUCGCUCUAGCGAAUCGUCCAGUGAAGGAGACAACAACACCGCCACCGCCUCGUCAGGAGAAGAAGCUAGCAGUCCCAACUCCUUCGGACGAUCCCGUAAACGCCGCCGCCUCCCCGACUACUCCGGUGCGCCCCUAAAACGGCAAAAAUGCACCUUCAACGCCGACUACCUAGCCCUCCUAAACCAAGACAUCCAGGAUGCGGCCGCAGGCCUCGUAGUCUCUACCGAAACCAACGCGGCAGAGCUCCAGGACUCCCAACUCGGCGCAACGCGCUGGAAUCACAUCGAGAAGGAAGCCCUAUUCUCAGCACUAGGCCGCUUGGGGCGCGACGACCUCCCCGGCAUCGCCGCCCGCAUCGGCACCAAGGGCGCCGUCGAGGUGCACCAGUACCUGGUAUUUCUGUCGGAAACGGAGCUGCGGCGACGGCAGGCCGAGGGGGAUCUACGGCGCAAAACGCUGAAACCGGUUGAGGUGCUGGCAGCGGUGGAGGUUAGUCAGGAUUGCUGUAACGCGCUGGAUGAGGUCGGGGACGAUCUUUCGCUGCGUCAGGAGGGGCAUGAGGUGGCGGUUGAGGAAAAGAAGUGGGGUGACAAAUGGCUCGUUACCAAAUCGUUAAGCAAGGAGCUGGAUGAAGUUAGUAUGAAGCGGAAAGGGCCUGAUGUGGAGUUGCCGUUUGCCGAGCUCUUUAUUCUGAGGAAUUGGAUUAGGGUGUCCGAGCACAUGUUCAUGAACUCGUCGAUACCCGAGUACAACUGGCGGUGGUUUUCGGACUCGGUGCCGCCUGCUAUCCGGAGCACGGCGUUAUCGGAUUUUCAUGCGCUGGCUGUGAGUGUCACGAGGCGGUUGGUUGCGGCUGCGUUGCAUAUGAGCCAGUCAAGGAUCAAAGCUAAGAAGGAAGUUGUGGCCAAGACGCGGCACGUGGUCAAGGCGAGGGAUGUUAAAGCCGCGGCUGAUUCAAUAUCCAUGAAGACGAGCCGUCGCGAGUUUUGGGCGCGGUCGGCAAGGAGGUUGAGGUUGGAUGUCUAUGGAUCGAAGGGAGAGGACGAAGGGGAGGGCGGAGGUGACGAGAUCAUGUCGUAUGACGACAUAGAAGCUGCUCUGGGUUACCGCAGGCCCCAUUGGCGAACGGCCCCUGAAAGAGACGACGACGACGACGAUGAUGACAAUGACGAUCUCUCCGACACAUCAACCACCUCCACUCCAAUCGAUUCCAUGAACCCCGAAAUUCAAGAUACCAGCGAAUCGAACCGCGACCUAUCCCCUGAGACCGCAGCCAUAAAAUAUGACCUCGAAGAAGCCAUGCACUUCUCCGCCGACUUCGAAGGCACCACACGAGCGCGCCAGGCCCUCCAAUCCCGUAUCCAAGCCGAAUACCGCCUGGAAGCCGAGGCCGAUGAGCAUGAUGCCCGGGCCAGCACACAGGAAGAGGCUCGGCUGUGGGGGGUGCUACGCCAGCAGGGGGUGGCACCGCAGUGGGGGACUACUACUAUGCCAAGUACUGGCGGGCCUGGGCAGACGACGGCGACGACGACAGGCUUACCUAAGGGAGCCAGACGUGCAGUGUUUGAGCCGGCAGUUGGGUACGAUUGGAGGGCUACUUUUGAGUAUAUGAGUGAGUGGGAGGUGGCUGGUAGGGAUGCAGAGGGUGCUGUUGGCACUUGAUCAACAUGAUGAUAGUGGAGAGAAUAAUAUACCCGUGUUUGUAGACUGGAAAAUAGGACCGUUUCUGCCAUGUUUAUUGUAGAUAAUCCAUGUUUGUUACGGG